ACCUCCCGUGCAAGGAGUCAGUUUGGCGUUUGCCCGCCGAAGACUUGAGUGCUAUUACCGUUUUAAACAUAAUGUUAAAUAGUUUUGACGCAAGUAGUUCGACGUCGAGAAGUGGUAAAUGUCAAGAGUUGUGUGCGAUCGCGAGAGGAACCUUUACAAACCGUUGUCUGCCUUCUUGAUCGUGUCUUCAACUAGUAUCAAUUAUUAAUAAUAAUAGUAAAUUUAAAAGGAAAAGUGUCGUCUGUAAUAAUCAUUCGUAACACAAUCAUCAUGCCCAAUAAUAGGAGACGUAAAGGAAAGUCUGACCGAGAAGCUCGUACUAACGGUUCUGUACAAACUUCUGAUGAUGAUUCCUUCAAUGAUAACGCAAGUGUAACAUCGAAUAUCUCAGAAGUGCGAAGUACCGAUGACGGUAAUGAUGAAAUGGAUGAAGUUAAUCAACAGGAAGCGUUCGAAGAGAAACUUUCGGAAGCGAUAGACGGUUUCACGCAAAAAUCUGCACAAGGAAGAUGUAAUUGUUUCGAAUUAACAUCCAAAGCUUUGGUUAAAAAGUAUAUGCCAGGUUAUAUCGUUGAUAGACGUGUAACGAUAUGCGAUGCAGUUGAAAAAUCUUUAAAACGUGGUCGAGGAGCCGAACAAACCGCCGCAGCUCGUUUGGCAACGUUAUUAUGCGUCCAAUUGGGAGCUUUGGAUGAAUGUGAAGAAGUUUGUAAAAUGUUAAAACCGAUUUUAUUACAAACUGUUAAUGAUAAAUCGAUUUUACCAAGUACAAGAAGUGAAUGUUGUAUAGCUUUAAGUUUGAUGGCUUUCCUCGCUGGCGGGGAAAUGGGUGAUGUACUUCAUUUGAUGCAACAGUUUGAAAGCAUUUUCGCUGGAAGUUAUUUAAAAGGGGACGGAACUGUAGCAAAUGUAACUGCAGAAAUUGGUUUAUUGCAUAGUGCUGCUUUAAGUGCUUGGACUUUGUUGUGUACUUUAAUGACAGCGGGGGAUAUUAAUUCGAUGAUGGGGAGUGGAGUUAACUUUUCACCAUCAAUAAGUCAACUUUCUGAAAUGUUACAAUCACCUCAUUUAGAAGUUCGAAUGUCGGCUGGUGAAGCUUUAGCGACCGUAUUUGAAAUAGGUUCCGAAUUUUCAGAAGAAUUUGGAGACGAUUACAAACCAGAUUUAAUUGAAGCUUUACACCAUUUGGCGACGGAUUCGCAUAAAUAUCGUGCUAAAAAAGAUCGAAAACAACAGCGCGCUUCGUUUAGAGAUGUUUUACGGUAUAUUGAGAAUCGGACUGUACCUGAUGUUCAAAUUAAAUUUGGUCAAGAAUGCUUAGUAUUAGACACGUGGGCGCGUAGGAAACACUAUGAUGCGCUUUGUAAUGUUUUGGGAUCCGGGUUUAACUUGCAUUUAGCGAAAAAUGAAUUGUUGAGGGACAUUUUUCAACUUGGACAGAAAAUAUUGAUUAGUGACAUAUCGAUUAAUCGGCAAUCAAAGUUGGAAAGGCACUUGGUGAAUGCAGCAGCUUUCAAAGCCCGAACGAUAUCUAGGGGUAAAAAUAGGGAUAAACGGUCAGACUUUUAGGAAAUAUUUCUUUUUUUUUAAACCAUGCAAUACUAUUUCGAUUUUUUUGUAAUGCAUUAAUAUAUACUAUUUUUA